AUGUCCUGUGAACACGAACACAGUCAUAGCCACGGUGGCCACGGUAGUGGAGCAGGCGGUCACGACCAUAGCCAUGUUGCACCAAUUCCUACCAAUUCGGCACAAUCGCUUUGGCGCAAGAUUGACCACCCACACAUUACUGCAUUGAGCAUGCUGAACCCAAGAGAAGAAAUUCAGAAGUUGUUUAAAAGCCCAGAGGAUAGAUAUUCCACCAAGCCUGUAAUUAAAUCGGAUUGUGAUGCACAGCUAAUCAUCCAUAUACCAUUUGUUAAUUGCAAUGUGAAAUUGUUCUCUAUAAUAAUUAGAAGUAACGGAGAGAGUUAUUGCCCCAAGACGAUAAGACUUUGGAAAAAUGAUGCCACCAUUGACUUUGACUCGGCGGUAUCUAAGAGACCUCUUUUUACAAUUGAGCACCCUCAAGUAGGAUUGGCUGACUUCGAAGCGGAAGAUGACUUGGAUGAUGUAGUUGAAUCAGAGAGUACUUUUGUAGAGCACUUUUUGCCCAGGCACGUGCUCACGGGUGUGCAACAUUUGACUAUAUUUGUAGAAGACAUACAUGGAGAUGAAGAAGAGCUGCAUUUACAUAGUAUUGAAUUGCGAGGAGAGUUUACAGAGCUAACGAAGGAUCCUAUAAUCACACUUUAUGAGCUGGCUGCCAAUCCUGCUGACCAUAAAAACCUAAAUGCAGAGGAAGCUCCAAAUUACAGCUCUGUGUGA